AUGUCCACUGUUGGCCUAUCUCUGCUUACCAACAGGAUUCUUAACGACAACAGGUUGAAGGAGACGUUUCCUGCCUGGAUUCUAAAGAUGACCAAUAUUACAUCGAUCGAUCUCUAUGGAAACCAGUUCAUGGGGCCUCUGCCUACUGCCAUAUGCAAUUUGAAAGGUCUCUUUGGUCUUUCCCUUGGUGCAAACCAGUUCUCAGGACCUCUGCCGGCUGCUCUAGGUGGCCUGACGAAUCUCUGGUAUUUCAACAUAACAGGCUCGGGCCUCACAUGUCCCCCAGACGCUUCCAGCUGUGUGGUUCGGCAGUCCAAUGACAUGGCCUUCUGCCAGGAGUGCAAGAGCUUCUGUAGAACAUUGGGAGGCCAUGUGAACACGCGGGUUGAGAAUGUCCUAAUCUACGAGUUCAUUGCCAAUGGCGACCUCCAGAGGUGGAUCAGCACAGAUGCUCCCACGAGUCUGACUCUCCUACAGCGGGUGAACAUUCUGAUAGGCGUGGCGCAUGGUUUGGAGUAUUUGCACAGCUUUGGCAUCGUGCACCGGGACAUCAAGCCAGCCAACAUCCUCAUCGAUGCUCACAUGCAGGCCAAGGUGGCUGACUUUGGACUGGUGCGGGUGGGUGAGGGCACUGCGCUGGGCUCCACACGAGUGCUAGGAACGGCGGGCUAUGUGGACCCUGCAUACUCCAGAACACACAACGUCCUCAAUUUCCCCCAAUUCCUCUUGCGUCAUUAUUUUCUUCGGCUUUCUUUGGCUAUACUUGCGCUCCAUAGGUUUCACCUUGCAAAUUUCACUCCGCUCUCCAAACUUUGCGUGCACUCCGUGUUGUUUGUUUCCUCCAGCUUUGGCAUUGUGACGCUGGUGCUGCUUUCAGGCAGAGGGGCCACAGUCACUGAGAUGAACCCAGGCAGUGAGCUGGAUGAGUCCGAAUACAAGGAGCCAAUCUCCAUCUCCAAAUGGGCAAGCGCACUCGUGGCUAGUGGGAAGACAUCACUCCUCAGAGACCCCCGCAUGGAAGCACCAGAUGACAUCAUCAGUCUCCUUGCCCAGCUGGCUGUGAGCUGCACUGCCAUGCCCACCGCCUCCCGCCCCUCCAUGGCCCGAGUGGCCCAAGAGUUGGAGGCACUGAGGGGGGAAGUGGGAGGGGGGGAUGUGAGAGCAAGUGCUGCAGCAAGGGUAGAUGAGUUGCUGGUGGGUCAGCAACCUGUGAGGAGCAUGGAGGAGGACCUUGUGUUGCUGGAACAACACUAUGCUGGCCAGGGCAAAACUACAGCUAACGUCACAAGCCAUCACAGGCUCUAG